CAAUUAUCUCGCCCCGCAGUCUUAUCAAUAAUAAACCAUUAAAUGUAUUAGUACAUCCUACUAUAUAAUUCAGUUUAAUUUCGCGUAAUUGUCGUUUAAUGUGAACUUAGUUGCAUCAGUGUGAUUGUGUAGUGAAUAUUCAUACAAUUUGUGUUUUCCCUAUUGUUUUAAUUCUCUCACUUCUUUCUUCGGUUAUUAUUAUUACAAAGUUUUCGUGAGUUGCUGAAACAGGUCAGGGAUUGUUACGUCAUUUCGAUGACUAAUUAAUAUUUUUAUAUUCCAAUUUUAGUUGUGUAACUACCGUUUGGGUUUUUACCCUUUAAAACUAUUAAGCUACAAUAUCUAAUUCUACUUUACAAUAAAAUGUCUGCAAAUGUUGGCGGUAGUGUAUUAGACGGCGAAAGCGAAAUUUAUGAUGUGUACAGUUUAGGAUUUUGGCUUAAAAUAUUAAUUAAUGGCAGUUUAAUUGGACUAAUUACAUAUUUGUUAAUGAAAAUAUUUAUGAAACGUAAUGAACCAGAACAAGAAGAUUAUGUUGAUACUUCUUUACCUAAAAUGAAAAAAAGAGAUUUUACUAUUGAAGAACUUCGUGAAUUUGAUGGCACUAAAGGGGAUGGUCGUAUUUUAGUUGCUAUCAAUGGAAAAGUCUUUGAUGUUACCAAAGGAAAACAUUUUUAUGGGCCAGGAGGAGUUUAUUCUACUUUUGGUGGCCAUGAUGCUUCACGUGGACUAGCAACAUUUUCUGUCAGUGGCAAAGAUGAAUAUGAUGAUUUAAGUGAUUUGAAUUCAUUAGAGUUAGAAUCAAUGUUGGAAUGGGAAACUCAAUUCAAAGAAAAAUAUGAUUAUGUGGGUCGUUUACUGAAACCUGGAGAACCACAUGGUUACUAUACAGAUGAUGAAGAAUCAUCAUCAAACAAACUUUCUGUCAAUAAAUCAAAAGAGAGUGUCAUAGAUAAUAGUACUCAAGAUAACGAAGAAACAAAGACUGAAUCUAAUAACCAAAAAAACUUGACAGAAAAUAAUUCUGCCAUUAAUAAUAGUGCCGAAGUAGAUAAAUAGUACAAACUUUUAUACAUCACAACAUUAUAUAUAAAUGCAAAAUGGGGGACUUUGAGCGAUAAAAUCCAUAAUGGUGAUGGUUUCAAAAUGUUCUAUGGUGGUGUUAAAUCUUCUGUUUGUACUUAAUAUGACUGAAUCAAUUGUUAUUAAUUUUUAACUUCUAUUAAUCUUUUGGGAUUGUCAAUAAAUGGAUUAAUAUAAAAAUAAAAACCUAAGCCAUAA